AUGCCCGCCCGGCUCAUCUGUGGCAACAUCAACGACCUGGACCCUGGAAACCUCAAGGCGACACUCAAGGACGCUAGAAUCAACCAGCUCGACACAGCUGCCCGUUACAAGAAUGGCGAAUCCGAACGGAAGAUCGGCAGUGCGAACUUGCCGAAAGACUUCAAUAUCGACACGAAGAUCGAUCCUGGAGCCAACGGAGAAGGUUCGCUGGCCCCGAAAGCCAUCGAGAAGAGCCUAGCCAGUAGUCUACGAGGGCUUGGUGUAGAGAGCGUUAAUAUCCUCUACUGCCAUGCGCCGGACUAUGUCACGCCUAUCGCUUUGCAAGCCAAGGCGUUCGACGAGCACUAUCGCAAGGGAGCCUUCACACACCUCGGCGUAUCCAACUUCCCACCCUCAAUGAUCGAAGAAUGGCUCUCCAUUUCCGAGCAAGAAGGCUACGUCAAGCCCUCUGUCUUCCAGGGACAGUACAACCUACUCUGCCGCGGCUACGAAGAGACUCUCUUCCCACUGCUUCGCAAGCACGACAUGAUCUUCAACGCCUUCAGCCCGCUCGCAGGAGGCUUUCUGCUUGCUAAUUUCACCGCGGAUGGUGUCCAGGCUGGUUCGCGCUUUGCUCAAGCAGCCAACUUCCGCGGCUGGUACGAUAGACCGAGCAUGCAUGAAGCCGUCAAGCGCUUGCGGCAGAUGGCAGCGGAGGCAGGAGUGGGGAUGGAUGAGCUGGCGCUCCGGUGGAUUGUGUAUCAUUCUGCUCUGAGUGACAAGGAUGGGGUCAUUCUUGGGGCGAGCAGGAUCCAGCAGCUGGAGAACAACCUGGCUCAGAUCAAGAAGGGCCCGCUGGAAGAGGGAGUGGUCCAGCAGCUGAAUGAGCUGUGGGAAGGAGUGAAGCAUGAAGCGGAGUUCUGA